GAGCAGGCCACGCCGCCGACCAAAGCCAUGUUCCUCUCCAAGCUCCGGCAUCUAGCUAUCUCCAUCGUCCUCACUAGUAUCGUUAUGAUCGUGGGCAUGGUGCUGUGGGCCGAGGCCGAGGACGACACCAACGCCAAUGGCCUGUACCUGGCGUCGGUUGUGCUGACCACAAUCGGGUUUGGCGACUUGACGCCCAACACCACGACGGGCCGGAUGGUCAUCAUUUUCUACAGCUGUAUCGGCCUCGCUGUCGUGGGCUACACCAUCUCAUACCUCUCGGACAUGUGCGCGUACUCGGUGCAGUCGAUCACGACGCGACUCUCAUUCGACUCUGCCUUUCUCGGCUCGACCGAUGCCUACGUUAAGAUCCGCCACGCUGACGUGGAGACCGACGUGGUGUUUGCCUCGCUCAAUCCCGUCUUUCCGGCACAGACGUUUGACAUCGAUGCUCUGCCGCUGUGGCGCAACCCGGAAAAGGUGUUUUUGUCGGCGAGUUUGUCUCCUCUUCGUCCGAGCUCUCGUACUCGUCUGUCUCGUCCGAACUCUCGUCCUCAGCCGAGGCCGCCAUGAAGGCUGCGAUGCAGGUCGAGCUCUCGCUGACCGAGUUUGACGACAACGCGACGACCCCAGUAGCGACUGCUGACCACCGACGCGCGUUCCGCAAGCAGCGCCGACAGGCAACCCGACGCGAGCUCUUCCGCCAGUCAUCGGCCGGCGACACUGUACCGGUAGUCCACUUUACCGUCAUGGACUACGACCGGUUCACUGCCGACGACUUUAUCGGCUCAGUCCAAAUCCCGCUCGGUCUUGUGCGCCGGCGGUGGCGGACCUUGUCGCGGCCGAUCAUUCCCGACGACCACGACCUCGACAACGAGCUGCUGGAGGAACUCAUCCGCUCGUCGCAACUUGUGGUCCGCCUCCGCUGGGCGUCUGCGGCCAAGAAGACUCUCCAGGUCCAGGUCGUCUCUGCACACUCGCUUCCCAUCAUGGAUCGUGUCCACUUUCACAAGCUCCUCUCUGCCGCGCUCAAUUUUACCAAGGAAGCCGUCCUUGCGCUCAUCCUCCUCGGCAUCGUGCUUGCCACCGGCGCUGUCGUCUUCUCACACACCGAGGGCUGGACUCUCUUUGAGGGCUUCUACUUUGCCUUUAUCGCCAUCUCGACAACCGGCUACGGCGACUUUGCGCCGACGACCAAGACCGGGCGGGCGGUUUUUGUGCCGUAUGCGCUGGCGUCGGUAGCCGUCGCCACCUACGCCAUCUCGGUUGUCCAGCACAUGACGACUGCGCACGUCUUCCGCCAGUCGGUCAACGACAAGGCCGGAAGCCACGAGUCGAUUUCUGGCCGGCCACUCUCGGACACGGUCGCGUACUCGCUGCGGUUUACCGAGGCCAAGCUGCGGUCGUCCAAGCUCGGGAAGAUCCACCGCAAGGUCGACUCGUGGCUCGCCCGAUUACCGCAGGGCGCCAAGCAGACGAUCUUCCUUAUCGCCACCAUCACCACCUUUAUGUCGCUCGGUGCCGUCUUUAUGUCGCAGGUUGAGGGCUGGUCCUUUUUCGAGGGCCUCUACUUUGCGCUGGUCACUACCUCGACUGUCGGCUACGGCGACUUUUACCCGACCAAGACCUCGUCGCGGAUCUUUGUCAUGCUCUUUUCGCUCGUAGGGCUCGGUCUCAUGACAACCACGGUGGCGUUUAUUGCCCACUCGUCGGUGGAAAAGGCAGUUGCCAACGCCACAACGGCGGUCAACCGCAAGAUCCGCCGCUGGCGAACGAUCCACACAGAGGCGCUCCUAGCGCUAAACCGCCGCAUCAUCAACAACGAGGCCGCCGAGCCGCAGGUCAAUGACGUGGUCCACGCCCUCGACUCGCUCGACGACGGCGACGAGGACGGGCUCCUCGACAACUACGAUUUGGAUUUGGAGGCGCCCGAGGAUGCUGGGCCGCUGCGCGGCGAGCGUGGCGAGGGCCCGUCGUCCUCGCUCGACCUUCUUGUGCAGCACUUGCUGAAAGUGCUGCUCUCGUUCAUCAUCUUUGCGGUCCUCUGCUGCGCCGGUGGUCUUGUCUUUUACUUGCUUGAGGACCGGGACUCGAUCGCCACCUACUUUGAGUCUGUCUACUUUUGCGUCGUCACCCUCACCACCAUCGGGCUCGGCGACGUCCUUGUCGACAACGUCAACGCGCGCAUCUUCCUCAUGGUCUACAUUGUGUUUGGCCUCGGUGUUUUUGUCUACGCCGUCACCAAUCUGCAAAAGUCGUCAAUCCUGGCCUUUGAGCAGGGCUUCCGCACCGUCUUUGUCCGCUACCAAAAGUGGCAGCACGCUAUCUACGUCCGCGAGCAAGCCCUCGCCGCGCGAAGAGGCGAGCUGAGCUUGGAUGAGCUCGAGAGCGAAUCUGAUGCUGCCGGCAUGGGCGCCGAGAAUCGAGUGCUGGACCGCCGCCCGCCCAGUAUGCCCAGGAGUGCGUCGACGACCGUCGCUGCUGCAAGAACGCUGGACGACUUGCCGGCCGUGCAAUCGGGUGCCAGCCUGCAGCCGUCGGUCUCGCGCUCGACGUCGCGGUCGACCGUCGGCUCGAGCGUGACAAGGUAAAAAGCCGCAUCCGA